AUAAUGAAUAUGACCAAGUUCAUAACAUAGUCUAUCUUGAUUGGUUUGUACGUGAAGUUUUACGAAUGUUUCCUGUUUCACCAAAAGCCAUUUCAAGAGAAUGUAAUGAGACUACUAUUGUUUGUGGUCAUACUAUAGAUAAAGGUAGUGUUAUUCAACCAGAUGUGUUGACUAUUCAUUACGAUCCUGAUUUAUGGGGUCCAGAAGAUCCAAAAAUAUUCUUACCAGAAAGGCAUUCAAUAGCGAGACACCCAGCAGCUUUUAUGCCUUUUGGUCUGGGUCCACGCCAUUGCAUUGGGAAACGAUUUGCUUUGAUGGAAAUCAAAAUGUGUCUGACACGUCUACUUCGACACUAUUCUAUUUAUCCAGGAGAUCAAAUGGAAGAAAAAUUCAAACUUAAAGACACGUUUUUUGUUCUUCAACCGGAAUAUGUUUAUGUAAAAAUUGAAAAACGUUCAUCGUAA